AUGCAAAAAAGCACUGUAGCCACCACUGCCGGUUCAAGGUACCCAUCUUCAUCUAAUAGACAUGGCGACCAAUCAAGUCCCACCAGAAGUCCAUCAACUACGUUUGGAGGCUUGGAAGGUGCAGGUUGGCUCAAUUACAUCGAGCGAUGGAGCGCAGAGGAUAUAGCGCUCUUAUUGCGGGCCUGUAGACCUGGUACCCUAAAGACUUAUUCUUCUUGUUGGAAGCGAUGUCUGGAAUGGGCUAGGGAGAAUAAAGUACCAGUAAACAGCCCAACCCCCUGA